AUGGGCCUGUCCCAAGCCCCUCGGAAAGUCGGAAAGUCGGUCCUCAUAUGCGCUGGCGGGCAGGUGGGAGCCCGGCGGAAGAGCAUUAAAGGUGGAGGCCGAAGUAGCUGCCGGACCGAGUGGUGGUUCUGGGCCUGGAAUGGCGAGCUUGGUUACCUCCAGUCUCGUGUGCUCAAUUAUGCAGUGAUUGAGCACCUAGUGUUUGCUAGGCACCGAGGAUACACAUUUGCAGAAGGUCUGGAUGCAGGCCAAGCCCCUGGAUGGGCCGCCGAGGGGGCCUUGCGGGGCUGGAACCGGAGAGCCCGGGAGAGCCCCGGGCAGGUGUCGGAGCCGGACAGGACCCAGCUGAGCCAGGACCUGGGUGGGGGCACCCUGGCCAUUGACACGCUGCCGGAUAACAGGACCAGGGUGGUGGAGGACAACCACAGCUACUAUGUGUCUCGUCUGUACGGCCCCAGCGAGCCUCGCAGCCGGGAGCUGUGGGUGGACGUGGCCAAGGCCAACCGGAGCCACGUGAAGGUCCACAGAAUCCUCUCCAACACCCACCGGCAGGCUUCGAGAGUGGUCUUGUCCUUUGAUUUCCCCUUCUACGGGCAUCCUCUGCGGCAGAUCACCAUAGCAACCGGAGGCUUCAUCUUCACUGGUGACGUGACCCAUCGGAUGCUCACGGCGACUCAGUACGUGGCCCCGCUGAUGGCCAACUUCAACCCCGGCUACUCCGACAACUCCACAGUUGCUUACUUUGACAAUGGGACAGUCUUUGUUGUUCAGUGGGACCAUGUCUACCUCCAAGGCCGGGAGGACAGGGGCAGCUUCACCUUCCAGGCGGCUCUGCACCGUGACGGCCGCAUUGUGUUUGGCUACAAAGAGAUCCCCAUGUCUGUCCUGGAAAUCAGCUCCUCCCAGCACCCUGUCAAAGCUGGCCUAUCAGACGCUUUCAUGACGCUCAAUACGUCCCCGGACGUUCCAGAAUCCCGGCGAAGGGCCAUCUUUGAAUACCACCGUGUGGAGCUGGACCCCAGCAAGGUCACCAGCACGUCGGCCGUGGAGUUCACCCCAUUGCCAACCUGCCUGGAGCAUCGGAGCUGCGACGCCUGCAUGUCCUCGGACCUGACCUUCAACUGCAGCUGGUGCCACGUCCUCCAGAGAUGCUCCAGUGGCUUUGACCGCUACCGCCAGGAGUGGCUGGCCUACGGCUGUGCCCAGGAGGCAGAGGGCAGGACGUGCGAGGACUUCCAGGACGAGGGCCACUACUCGUCUUCCCCUGGCGGCUCCUUCAGCCCUUUGGACGGAGACCACAGCACCACCACCUCCUCCCUCUCCUUGGACAGCCUCACCACGGAAGGCCUGCAGGACAACCUGUCCCCCAAGACCAAGGGCCCCCCGGUGCACCUGGGCACCAUCGUGGGCAUCGUGCUGGCGGUCCUCGUCGUGGCGGCCAUCAUCCUGGCGGGGGUUUACAUCAGCGGCCACCCCACUUCCAACGCUGCGCUCUUCUUCAUCGAGAGGAGACCUCACCACUGGCCGGCCAUGAGAUUCCGCAACCACCCCAACCACUCCACCUACACGGAGGUGGAGCCCUCCGGCCACGAGAAGGAGGGCUUCGUGGAGGCGGAGCAGUGCUGAGGCCACGUGGCGCCUUGGAAGUGGAGAAAGGAACGGAGAAGUGAUUUCGUUGGCCUCCUCCGAACACACGCCGGCUGGGACGCUGGGACAGUGGUGGUCUGUGGUGCCAGAGCUACAGUUUGGCCCUCGCACCCCACUCUGGAAGCAGGGGCAGGAAAGCAAUUGAGUUUUGAAGGAACAAUCACCCACUUUCGUCCUCUCUCGAUGCCACGGGUCUCCCCUUCUGGGGCUGUCAGAGGUCUACUCUGUAGCUGCCCCAGAGACCCCGUCCCACCCGGAGAGGACCAGACGCCCGGCUCCCGGCCACCUCGCGCCCCUGCAUAGGACACGAGAGAACUGGGCUCUUGACUGGGGCCGCCAUAUCCCAGGGUCCAUAGACUCAAGAGCUGGUCCUCAUGGCUAUGGAUCCGGCGCAUCCCGCCCCUGCCCCUGUGGCUGUGGGGUCUGGAGAAGGCGUUCUCUCCGUCCGUGAACACAUGUUCAUCAGCUCUGCGCCCCUCGCCAAGCCGCAUGGAGGAGAGCCGAAGGAGAGGGGAGAAGAGAACUUCCGGGGAAAACUGCAUCUUUGUCGACGCGCCCUUUCUGCUGGGAACCGGUACGUCCGUGUGGGACGUGUGUGCAGCCCGUUAGCCCAGCUGGGGCCCCGCCUCGGCCGGGCGGGCCCUGGGGGCUCUUUAUUCCAGCGGCACGGGGCGUGUCCAUUGUGUUCACUGGCCUUGUCCUCUGUCAGUGCACAGCUUUCCUGAUUGCUCUUGUUCCUCCUCCAAGCUGGGUGUGGGUGGCCAUUAAAGGGUGGUUUUAUGGAGACAUACCCAGCAGAGAACUUCCGCUGGAGUCUGUUGAGCAGCAAAGCCACCGGAACGGUAGGGACACGGGACACAGGACACUCCCAGGGGAAGGAGGGACUUUCUACGGAAAAUCGUGACCUGGAGAGAUGCCUCCACCGCCUCAGCUCUGCUGAACGUUUUGGGGGUCAGAGAGUUUGAGCUCCCAAACGUAAGCUGGUUCUAAGGGAAUUCUGUUCCGGAGAUGAGUUGAGGCUGUUUCUGAAGAGCAUUUGAAACGGAAAUCUAUCGCCCUGGCCCACAGGGCUCGGUGGGUUGAGUGCCAUCCUGUGCAUCCGAAGGCCGCUAGUUCAGUUCAUGCCCAGGUUGCAGGUCCAAUCCCUGGCGGGGGAGUGUGCGGGAAGCAAUCGAUCAACGUUUCUCUCACAUUGAUAUUUCUCUCUCUCUCCCUCUCCCUCUCUCUCUAAAAAUCAAUAGAAAAAUAUGUUUAAAAAACACACACACAAAUAAAAUGGAAAUCUAUAGCUCACUCUCAUCCAAAGUAAGCAAUAUUGGCAGUAAAUAAAUGGUAAAUCAGUCU